AUGAAUUACUUAUCUUUUAUAGAUAUUUUUGGAGUGGAGUUCAGAUAAUAAAUCCAUCUUAAUGUUAAAAGUCAGAAGUCAGUAUUUGGAGGAAUUACAUCCCUUUUGAUUUUAACAACAAGUUUGGGGUAUUUGAUUUACAUUUUGAAUGAGUGGAUUUAAUUUCGUUUGCUUCCAAAGUCAACUAGCACAAUGAAAGCUAAUUUAGCUUCUGAAUUAUAAUAUGAUCAAGAUGCUAUCCUAUUUGAAUUUUUUUAUUGGAAAUACUCAGACUAAUAAUCAGAUCCUUUUAACUAAUAAAAUAACAUAUUAACACCUUUAGGUAUUUAUUUUGAAGAUGGUUAACCGACAACAAUAUUUUCUUUUCUAUCUUAGGUAGAAUCACUUUCUUAUUAUGGAACUAAAAAAUUUGGAUUAAAUCAGUUUAAAUUGUCUUAAAAUAGUAAAGGCACAUCUAAAGAAAAUGUGAGAGAAAUGAUGCUUGUAUUUGUUAGAUGCAAUUAAACAUAUCUAUCUGAAAAUUAGACCUGUGCAAGUUAAUAGGAAAUUGAUCAUUUCUUUGAUUCUGCUGUGAAUUAUAUGGCAUUUCAGAUUAAUUUAAAAUAGUUUAAUUCUUAAAAAGAAGAAUUUGAAUUUGUUAAAAAGACAUACUAUUUUUCAUUAGAUAAAGCAAUUUCAACUUAAAGUUAAAUAUUGCUAAAGUAAACUUAAGCUUUUAUUGACAGUGGCAUAAUAUUAAAUUCUAUCCAAGAAGAAACUUUUGUACAAGAUGCUUAUAUUUUGACAACAUCAGCUUCUAUAAGUUUUUGGAAAAAAAUAAUAGGUAUGGACACAUAUUUUAAUAUGAUUUUUCGUCUUGAUCCUGUUUCUGAAGAACUAAAUAUUGUUUAUCCUAAACUUGGAGAAGUAUUAGCCUAAGUUGGUUCAAUUGUAAAUAUGCUUAUGAUUUUGAAGUAUAUAAUAUUAUACUACAAUGAAAAAUUAUUAGAACAUACUUUUAUAGAUUAAGUAUUAAGCUUUUAUUUCACUGAUUAUAAAUAAAUCAAAAAAUCUAAGGUAAAUUAUGAUAAAAAAGCAUGUUCUAUUUUAGUAGAAUAAGCUUAAAAAAGACUUGUUUAUAUUAAUAUCAUUUAUGAACUUUCAAGAAUAUAAUUAUUCCUAUAGAAUCAUUUUGGCCGUAAAAAGUUAUAAGAAAGUCAUUCUAUGGGAAUCUUAUUAAAGCCACCUAAUAAGAACUUAAAUUAAGAUUUAGAAUAAGCAUUGGCUUAAUGCUAAGAGGAAAAUUUAGAAGAUGACAAUUAAACAUUUCAUAUACAAGACUUUUUCUUAUUGAGUUAACCUAAACAAUUGUUAAAUUAAAUAGAAGAUUAAUCUGUCCGUAAACAUGAUCCAAUAAUUACACCAAAUCUGAAUCAUUCAUUAUAAUGAUUUUUUAUCUAAUAAGAAGAUCAUCAAAAUAUUUAUUUAUUCUACAUUUCUUAAAAAAAUUGAUUGUUCUAGUUAAUUUUAUAUAAUUUAUAUCAGUAAUCAUAUUAAUUUAAUAAUAAUAUAUUAAGAAAGUGAUGGGUUAUNUAACAUAUUAACACCUUUAGGUAUUUAUUUUGAAGAUGGUUAACCGACAACAAUAUUUUCUUUUCUAUCUUAGGUAGAAUCACUUUCUUAUUAUGGAACUAAAAAAUUUGGAUUAAAUCAGUUUAAAUUGUCUUAAAAUAGUAAAGGCACAUCUAAAGAAAAUGUGAGAGAAAUGAUGCUUGUAUUUGUUAGAUGCAAUUAAACAUAUCUAUCUGAAAAUUAGACCUGUGCAAGUUAAUAGGAAAUUGAUCAUUUCUUUGAUUCUGCUGUGAAUUAUAUGGCAUUUCAGAUUAAUUUAAAAUAGUUUAAUUCUUAAAAAGAAGAAUUUGAAUUUGUUAAAAAGACAUACUAUUUUUCAUUAGAUAAAGCAAUUUCAACUUAAAGUUAAAUAUUGCUAAAGUAAACUUAAGCUUUUAUUGACAGUGGCAUAAUAUUAAAUUCUAUCCAAGAAGAAACUUUUGUACAAGAUGCUUAUAUUUUGACAACAUCAGCUUCUAUAAGUUUUUGGAAAAAAAUAAUAGGUAUGGACACAUAUUUUAAUAUGAUUUUUCGUCUUGAUCCUGUUUCUGAAGAACUAAAUAUUGUUUAUCCUAAACUUGGAGAAGUAUUAGCCUAAGUUGGUUCAAUUGUAAAUAUGCUUAUGAUUUUGAAGUAUAUAAUAUUAUACUACAAUGAAAAAUUAUUAGAACAUACUUUUAUAGAUUAAGUAUUAAGCUUUUAUUUCACUGAUUAUAAAUAAAUCAAAAAAUCUAAGGUAAAUUAUGAUAAAAAAGCAUGUUCUAUUUUAGUAGAAUAAGCUUAAAAAAGACUUGUUUAUAUUAAUAUCAUUUAUGAACUUUCAAGAAUAUAAUUAUUCCUAUAGAAUCAUUUUGGCCGUAAAAAGUUAUAAGAAAGUCAUUCUAUGGGAAUCUUAUUAAAGCCACCUAAUAAGAACUUAAAUUAAGAUUUAGAAUAAGCAUUGGCUUAAUGCUAAGAGGAAAAUUUAGAAGAUGACAAUUAAACAUUUCAUAUACAAGACUUUUUCUUAUUGAGUUAACCUAAACAAUUGUUAAAUUAAAUAGAAGAUUAAUCUGUCCGUAAACAUGAUCCAAUAAUUACACCAAAUCUGAAUCAUUCAUUAUAAUGA